AUGGCUUCAUUGAUUAGCAGCAAAAGCCACAUAUCUGAUGCGGUUAAUAACGCGGACUCGUACCGAGUUUUAAGGGGCCGUGUGAGUGUUUUGAAGAAUACUCUGGAUGCACGGUUGAUGCCGUGCUUAGAGCUAGCCGGAUUUGAGUCUGUAGCACAGAUCCGGUACACCGUCUUGCGCUUUGAUUUAUUAUCUGCUCUAGUUGAGCGGUGGCGCCCGGAGACCCACACUUUUCAUUUUCCGUGCGGGGAGUGCACAGUGACCUUGGAGGAUGUAGCGUUGCAGCUUGGGCUCCCAAUUGACGGGAGUCCCGUAACGGGAUUAUCUGCAUUUACCGAUCCAGAUGCACUUUGCUAUCAACUUCUAGGAGACUCACCAGGGGACGGUGAGUCAUAUUUUUCGGGCGUACAAUUUACAUGGCUGAAAGCCAAGUAUGGACAAUUAUCAGCGAUAGCCACUGAAGGCGAGUUGAUGUGCGCUGCUCGAGCGUACAUCAUGCAUAUCAUAGGGGGAGAAAUCAUGCCUGAUGCAAGCAACGACAAGCUGGGGCUCAGUCGUGCUAGCAGUCUUGUAUCGAGAGCUUUGUCGGGCGACAGAUCCGAAAGUUUGCGACAUUGGCGGAUGCCUCUCACUGCUGUAGUCCUGGGCGCUGUAUCGGAUGCCAUUUUUGGCAUCGGUGGAGUGGUCGUCCGGCAUCGGCAAUCAGACAAUGUCCCGCUAUACCGCCUCAUAAUUGAACAGUAUGUCCGGGAUGGGUUUAUAUGGACGCCGUACCGAACGCCAGAAAUUACCGCCGUGGUACCCUCGUCACAGACGCAGCAUUCGACAUAUGGUGCACUAACGCACCAAUUAUAA